AUGCUUAUCUCUGAUGCAGAAUGUGAGGUCAUGAACUUCACUGAGAGCUGCGUCUUCUCUGCGUGGAGGCCGGUCCAGCGCGUCAAGCUGGACGGAGGAGAGAAGAGCGCGGCCGAGGGCCCGGCCUUUGUGCUGCGACACAGAAACAUCGAUGAGCACACCACCGAUACCGUGAGCCCCCGGGAGAAAACGGACACGUCCACCUCAGGUUCUCCCAGAGGCCACCUCAGCACCCCAGAGCGCACCGCGCAGAAUAGGAGGGUCCCAGAGUGCGAUGAGGAGAGGAGAAAAAAUGAGGAGGACAACCGAGCAAGAGAAGGAGAGGAGAAGGAGGAAGAGGACGAGAGGGGCAGUGAUGAAGGUUUCAUGGGAAUGACGCCGCUGCUGCAGGCUCACCAUGCCAUGGAGAGGAUGGAGGAGUUUGUACACAAGGUGUGGGAGGGCCGGUGGCGAGUCAUACCUCACGACGUGCUCCCCGACUGGCUGAAGGACAACGACUUCCUGCUCCACGGCCACAGGCCGCCCAUGCCUUCGUUCCGCGCCUGCUUCAAGAGCAUCUUCAGAAUCCACACAGAGACCGGAAACAUCUGGACACAUCUGCUAGGCUGUUUGUUUUUCCUCUGUCUGGGUCUGAUGUACAUGUUCCGGCCCAACAUGUCUUUUGUGGCGCCGGUCCAGGAGAAGGUGGUGAUCGGCGUGUUCUUCCUGGGCGCCGUCCUCUGCCUCUCCUUCUCUUGGCUCUUCCACACGGUUUACUGCCACUCAGAGGGCGUCUCCAGAGUCUUCUCAAAGUUGGACUACAGUGGGAUCGCCUUUCUGAUCAUGGGCUCCUUUGUCCCUUGGUUGUAUUAUUCCUUCUACUGUUCCCCUCAUCCCCGCUUUAUCUACUUGAUAGUGGUAUGCAUACUGGGAUUGGCCGCCAUCACUGUCUCCCAGUGCGACUUCUUCGCUACGCCGCAGUACAGGGGAGUCCGAGCAGGAGUGUUUGUGGGUCUGGGUCUGAGCGGCGUGGUUCCCAGCCUGCACUUUGUCAUCAGCGAGGGUCUGAUCAAAGCCACCACCAUGGGUCAGAUGGGCUGGCUGCUUCUCAUGGCGACGCUCUACAUCACUGGAGCCUGUCUGUACGCCGCUCGCAUCCCCGAGAGGUUCUUCCCCGGCAAGUGUGACAUCUGGUUCCACUCCCAUCAGCUGUUCCACAUCUUGGUGGUGGCAGGAGCGUUCGUUCACUUCCACGGCGUCUCCAACCUGCAGGAGUUCCGCCACCAGGCCGGAGGGGGCUGUGCCGCCGACGGCACUCUCUAACGCUCACCCACUCACGUGGGGAGGCACCGGUUCCAAUGAUACGCACACAACCACACACACACACACACACACACAACCACACACACACUCUCCCCCGAAACUGAAGACCAUCGUGGCUUGCCUGGUGUCUGUGAGUGUAAAACACAGGGUCCCCUCCCCCCUCCCCCCCUAAGGGCACUAUUAGAGCAGACUGAUGAGAGGUUUUGUUCUUUCUGUCUGUUCAGCUCUUCUGGCUCUUGUUGCUUCUCAUAUAAAAAACACUCCCAGAUUGUGUUUUUUCAACCCAGUUUUUUGAUACUCCAGGAAAUGUGUCUGUGUGGUAUUAAAACAUCCUUUCAAUAUUGCUAAAAAAAAAAAAGAAAUCGGUGUUGAGUUCAGAUAUUUAGAGUUUAAUGGUUUGAUUUGGAACCCGAUUGUGGCUUUGAAAAAUACAUUUUGAGGUGUUUUUGUUUUUCUGCUGAUGCUGUUUUCUAAAUCACACUUAAAAGCGUUGGAAUAUGAUACAGCGAAAAAUAAUGGAGUGGUUUUCUCCCACGAUUGUAAAGGUGAGAUGUUGGGAACCGGGUCGGUAAUGGGUUUGUCAUUUUUAAAAGUAAAAUAAAGUUUUCCUUGUAAAUAAGAUUUCUCAAUUUGGGGUUAUAGAUUUGUAUGAAAUAUAUAGGGGGAAAAAAAGUCAUCGUUUGAUGGCAGGAAUAAAUAAACAUGUUUGACAAUUAAUCCAAUAAAGAUGAAGGGGUGAGGGGUGAUGGUGAGAAUAAAACCAUAGAACUGCAGCUGGUGGGAAUUGCUUAAACUUUGCGUAGUCUGUUUAUGCAAUGACCAGUGGAAAUAAACAGCACAACAUCUGGAUCAUGUUUAUGACCAAACAUAACGGCUUCACGAGUGGGAAGUGACGACUAAAAGUCACAUUUUCUCACCGAACGACCUGGAAACGCAAACAGAACUGUCCGAGUAUUUUCAACUUUUGUGUAACCGUCGCCGUGGUUUCCGUCUCAUCUCAAAUCGGGCCUCGUGAAUAAAACGUCAUGUGAACAUUUGUGCUUGAAUCCAAAUCCUAAGUCAAAACUCCGAUGUUUAAAGUAGUCCUCUUGAUAUGUAGCCAUUUUCUUUUAUCUUAGUGUAAAUCGUCCGAGAUAUCUAAAGAUAAAACUAAUUUCCAUGUCACCGAUAUAUUUUAUAUUACAUCCCCUCAACUGAUUUGUUAAAACAUAUCAAGCAUAACUUGAUAAUUUUUUAUAACUGGACCCAAGUCAUAUUUAUGACUUUUUCUUUUUUUGGGGGCGGGGGGGACAAAACAGCGUAAUUACAGUAGGGACGCAGUUCAUUAGUCAUCCGUUGGAUACUUUGACACUAUUAUUUUUGAUUGGAUUGCAGUUUAUUUCGUCAAUUUCUGUUGACAGACCAAAUAAAGCUUGCAAUAAUACUAUUGCAAGCUUUAUUUUGUCUGGUUUUUCAUUUCUAUUUAUCACUUGUUCCUUUAGCCAGUGAUUAAUGUGAGGCAGAUUCUCCGUCUCUUUCACCCUAAAAAUACAGAAAAGGUCUCCUCCAAAGAUCUAGAUUGAGCUGCUUUAAGGCGCAUUGACUGCCUCCAAUGAGGAGACUUAAAAAAAAAAAGGGGAACCUUUUUAAAAAAAAUAUAUAUUUACAAUAUACAAUACCAAAAUCUCGCUCCAGCACAAUGGAAACGCACAAAACUAACACUUCAGAACGGAUCCUAAACCGCGUGACGGUUUGGAGUUCUGGUUUGCACGUUUCUAUUUGAUUGGCAGCCUUUUCUGAGCAGGAAUCUAAACACACGUUCUCGUGUUUCUGUUCAUCAUGUUUUACUUUAGCUAGUUUAAUUUAUUUGUCUCGGUGAGCGCAAAUUUUUUGCUGAAGCACACGUUCCAUUAUGAUGGGAUGUUUGUUUGCAAUAGACCUUUAUAUCUGCUGUAUUGUUCUAAUAAAAAGGUUUUUUAAAUCA